UCAAGCUCGGAUUAUUUGGACCUUGAACGUCAAGUUUUUAAUCCUGCUAUGGCGACUGAAAUACCCCCUCAAAUUCAUAAUCCAAUCGGCCUGAGUCAAAACUACGGCCAACCAUAGAAGGACUUCAUUGCCAGCUUGUUCGGCGAUGAUGAAGUUCAGGUGCCUCUAACGCACGGAUUUUCACCGGAAAUCCCGGUUCAUACAAACCAUGUUCCGUUAAAGACGGCUGAGUUUGAACGUGAUGCUGGUCCCGGUCAGUUUUCAUCGGGAUUUUAUUCUGAAGAGCAGCUUGUCUCUAAAUUUCAGUCAAUGAUGUUAUCAAACAACCGGGCAUUGACUGACAUGAUCAACUCGGAGUGGUCGCAGAAGAUGUACUCAAACAACCGCGCCUUAACUGACAUGUUGAAGUCGGAGUUGUUGCAAAGUUUUCGUAUGGCUCCGGUAUCAACUCCAAGCCAAAUACGAACACCGAUGGACCAAUCGCCAAAAGUAUAUGAUAAUGCGGCAGCUGAUUCCUUUUUGAAUUUCAAUAAUGAAGUGUAUCAUGUGUCUUCAAUUCCAGAAAAUGUUACCGAAGAAGCCGAUGACGAUGUGGAGAUGAUUAAACUGAGGCGGUCCGAAAGGCUUGUGAAGCCCGCCAAGGCUACGCUUUCACCAUUUGUAGUUUACAAAAAUCUCCGGCGGAAGCAAAAAAAUAUUUCAAAUAAUGAAGAUCAAUUAAUUGAAAAGAUAAAAAAUUGGGCACCAAGUAGUGGAGUUAGACAACUAACACUCACAGCAGGCGGCUAUGUUGGUCCUGAUUUCUGGGGGUCUUUGCUAGGCACUGAGGGGAAUGGCUGGUUAAGCGAUGAGCAUAUUUUUGCAUGGAUGCUACACAUGUAUAAUUCAAGAGAUCCAUCCGCUCGUUGGUCCAUUUUACCCCCAUAUUUUCAGAUGCAUUUGCAAACUCUAGAUCAGAAAUUCGCUUGUUAUUUCAACGGGAAAGUAGAGCCUUUUCCUCGGAUAACUAGCGUUGACGAGGUGUAUGUACCGUUAUUUAUACCAUCAAUUCACUGGUUUUUAGGAGUUUUCAACCUCGUUAACGGGACCCUCACUAUUUAUGACAGCUUGAUGGGUAUGCGAGAUUUGGAUAAAGGAAGAACGGAAGUGGUUUGCCACAUCAAUUUUGUUUUUGACCAUUGGCUUCGUUUGCAUGGUUACUAUGACAACAAACCUUUACCGUUCAAAUUUCCGUUUCAAACAGAAUAUGCAAAUGAUGUGCCACAACAGUCAGGACCAUUAGGGGACUGUGGGGUUUGGGUUUGUAUAUUUCUAGACCGGUUGAUUAACAAAAAACCGCUAAAUGAUGGUGAAAAAACAAGCAUAACGGCUACAAGGAUGAGGCGCCAUAUGUUGACACUUUUCUACAACUCGCUUAUUCCUAAAGAAUUAGUCAACGAGCUAGAAGAGGACGACCUCGAAUUUAUUCAAUGAUUUAUAUUAAUUUAAAUUAUAAACAU